AUGGCCUCAGCGGCGGACAGCUGUAUUCAGUUUACCCGCCAUGCCAGUGAUGUUCUUCUCAACCUUAAUCGCCUCCGGAGCCGUGACAUCUUGACUGAUGUUGUCAUUGUUGUGAGCCGUGAGCAGUUUAGAGCCCAUAAGACAGUCCUCAUGGCCUGCAGUGGCCUGUUCUACAGCAUCUUCACAGACCAGUUGAAAUGCAACCUUAGUGUGAUCAAUCUGGAUCCUGAGAUCAACCCUGAGGGGUUCUGUAUCCUCUUGGACUUCAUGUACACAUCUCGGCUCAAUCUGCGCGAGGGCAACAUCAUGGCUGUGAUGGCCACAGCUAUGUACCUACAGAUGGAGCAUGUUGUUGACACUUGCCGGAAGUUUAUCAAGGCCAGUGAGGCAGAGAUGGUUCCUGCCAUUAAGCCUCCCCGUGAGGAGUUCCUGAGCAGUCGGAUGCUGAUGCCUCAAGAUAUCAUGGCCUAUCGGGGUCGUGAGGUGGUGGAGAACAACCUGCCAUUGAGGAAUGCCCCUGGGUGUGAUAGCAGAACCUUUGCCCCCAGCCUGUACAGUGGCCUGUCCACACCACCAGCUUCCUAUCCUGUGUACAGCCACCUCCCGGUCAGCAGCUUCCUCUUCUCCGAUGAGGAACUGCGGGAUGCCCGAAUGCCCAUGGCCAACCCCUUCCCCAAGGAGCGAGCCCUUCCCUGUGACAGUGCCAGGCCUGUUCCCAGUGAGUAUAGUCGGCCGGCCAUGGAAGUAUCCCCCAGUCUGUGCCACAGCAGCAUCUACGCACCUAAGGAGGCAGCCCCUGAGGAGACACGAAGUGACAUGCACUACAGUGUGGCUGAGGGCCUCAAGCCUGCUGCCCCCUCGGCCCGGAACCCCCCAUACUUCCCCUGUGACAAGGCUGGCAAGGAGGAAGAGAGGCCCUCCUCAGAGGAUGAGAUUGCCCUGCAUUUCGAGCCUCCUAAUGCGCCCCUGAACCGGAAGGGUCUGGUUAGUCCGCAGAGCCCACAAAAGUCCGACUGCCAGCCCAACUCACCGACAGAGUCCUGCAGCAGUAAGAAUGCCUGCAUCCUUCAGACCUCUGGCUCCCCUCCAGCCAAAAGCCCUACUGACCCCAAAGCCUGCAACUGGAAGAAAUACAAGUUCAUCGUGCUCAACAGCCUGAAUCAGAAUGCCAAACCUGAGGGGCCUGAGCAGGGUGAGCUGGGACGCCUUUCCCCUCGAACCUACACUGCCCCACCUGCCUGCCAGCCACCCAUGGAGCCUGACAACCUUGAUCUCCAGUCCCCAACCAAGCUCAGUGUUGGUGGGGAGGACUCCACCAUCCCGCAGGCCAGCCGGCUCAAUAACAUUGUCAACAGAUCCCUGACAGGAUCUCCCCGCAGCAGCAGCGAGAGCCACUCACCACUCUAUAUGCACCCUCCCAAGUGCACCUCCUGCGGUUCACAGUCCCCGCAGCAUGCAGAGAUGUGCCUCCACACCGCGGGCCCUCCCUUCCCCGAGGAGAUGGGAGAGACCCAGUCUGAAUACUCAGAUUCCAGCUGUGAGAAUGGGGCCUUCUUCUGCAAUGAAUGUGACUGCCGCUUUUCUGAGGAGGCCUCGCUCAAGAGGCACACCCUGCAGACCCACAGUGACAAACCUUACAAGUGUGACCGCUGCCAGGCCUCCUUCCGCUACAAGGGCAACCUCGCCAGCCACAAGACCGUCCAUACGGGGGAGAAACCCUAUCGUUGCAAUAUCUGUGGGGCCCAGUUCAACCGGCCAGCCAACCUGAAAACCCAUACUCGAAUUCACUCUGGAGAGAAGCCCUACAAAUGCGAAACCUGUGGAGCCAGAUUUGUACAGGUGGCCCACCUCCGUGCCCAUGUGCUUAUCCACACUGGUGAAAAACCCUAUCCUUGUGAAAUCUGUGGCACUCGUUUCCGGCACCUUCAGACUCUGAAGAGCCACCUGCGAAUUCACACGGGAGAGAAACCGUACCAUUGUGAGAAGUGUAACCUGCAUUUUCGUCACAAAAGCCAGCUGCGUCUUCACUUGCGCCAGAAGCACGGCGCCAUCACCAACACCAAGGUGCAAUACCGCGUGUCCGCCACUGACCUGCCUCCGGAACUCCCAAAAGCCUGCUGA